CGCUUUGUCCUGGAAUUGGCAGUUUUUGGUAUAAAUACAGGCCCAUGGAAUCUCGUCUUCGCAGACAUUUGGCGACUAUGAAGUGUAUGUCGCAUUUGGCGGUGGAAUUUGAUCAUAAAGUCACGACCUUUCGACUGCCAGAAAGGCCAAAAUGACGGACAUAGAGAUGGAUCCGGUGCAAUCACCGAUAGCGAUGGAGAAGUCAGAGGCAGCGCAGCAUAAUGAGGCUAUCAUCACCGAUGCGGAUCAUGAGGAACCCUGCGAGUAUUCAGUAUUCUCUAUGGCAUUGCGCACCUAUCUCACAUACUUCCUCGGCUUUGCCAUGAUCUUAUCAACUUUGACGGCGACAAUCUACUUCCCCCUUAUCCCCAUCCUCAGCACCCAGCUGCGCGUUUCCAUCCAGGCGAUCAAUCUCACGGUGACCGUCUACGCAAUCGCACAGGCCCUUUCACCGGCAUUAUUUGCCUCUCUGGCAGACAGCUUCGGCCGCCGCCCCGUGCUGUUGGGUCUUGUGACGCUCUACGCGGUCCCCAGCCUCGGCCUUGCUCUCAAUCGCACGAGUUAUCCGGCCUUGCUAGCACUGCGUGCCCUCCAGAGCAUUGGUGGAUCUUCCAUACCUUCUAUUUCCUACGGUAUCGUCGCCGAUGUUGCUCCUGUUGCCGAACGCGGGAGUAUGCUGGGCCCUAUGCUGUCGACGUGCAACGGCAUCUCCGCUGUUGGGCCAGUCGUCGGUGGCGCCGUUGCUCUGAGUACCGGAGGUGUGAGAUGGGUUUUUCUUGCUUUGUUUAUUGUCGCAGCUUUGUGUGUGAUGCUGGUUGGAUUUACAUUGCCCGAGACUGCGCGGACUGUCGUUGGGAACGGCAGCGUGCCAGCCGUGGGAACAUGUCGGACGUGGUGGUCAGUGCUCCGAAAGAAGAGGCCUCAAAGAGAAGACGGGCAUGACGAGUCUCAUCCGAGCAAGGAAAAGAGAUCAUGGCGAGUUACCAACACUUUCGCUGCAUUUCGCAUCAUCCUUUACAGAGAUGCCGUGGCUGUGCUUUGGAUGGUGGCUUCAUCAUAUUCCGUCUACUAUACGUUCCAGGUUGCAAUUCCGGUCAUCUUCGACAAAAUUUACAAGUAUAACGAACUUGAAAUCGGGCUGGUCUUAUUACCAGGAUUGGCAGGAAUGACUAUUGGAGGGAUAAUCGCCGGAAAGCUCGUGGACAGGAAUUACGCCAUUACUGCGAGAAAUCACAAUGUCGAUCCUCGGGAGAAGAACGCGAAACUCCGAAUAGACUUCCCCAUAGAGGCCGCUAGAUACAGGAAUUGCUUUAUCUUUAUCCUGAUCGAGGUACUUCUGGUCAUUGGCUACGGCUGGGCGGUCUACUUCCGUUUGCAUCCUGCCGCGCCUAUUGUUCUUCAGUUUUUUAUAUGUGGUACAUCAACCUUGUUGAGCCACACUGCCAGUGCAUUGCUUGUGGACAUAUUCCCCGAAAUGUCCAGCACUGCCUAUGCCUCAGGGCAGAUCAUGCGGUGCGGACUAAGUGCCGCUUCAGCUGCUGUUAUUCAACCGCUCAUUAAUGCAGUGGGAUAUGGCUGGUACUUUACCAUGUUUUCCCUUUUUAUUGGAACAACGGGUGGCGCUUCAGUUUUAACCAGCCGUCUGAAAGGAAUGAAGUGGCGGCAGAAGAGAGUCUCACAACGAGAUCCCUAGUUCGUACAAACGAGAUGAAGUGUGGAAGCUUUGCCAAAUGUCUAUAACGUUAUCGAUGUCGUUCUGAUACCUUGGGAAUUGAACUGUAAACUGUCAAAGCAUAUUUCAU